UUUCUAUUGGAUAUCAGAUAUAUCGUAUCGAUAUAUCGGAUCUCGAAUGUAGUAUGAAUCUGCAUUAUGUUAUAUCAACGCAUGCGCAGUUUCCUUCGCAUCUAGAAAUCCGAAACUCGGUUGUGGGAGUUGUGUCGUGCAUUCUCGAUUCUCGUGAUACGAUAUACGAUAUGUAUAAUAUACAUUGAUAUCUUGUCAUCGGAGAAGCGUCGAGCGAAAAAGGAUAAACGGACGUCGAGAAUAAAUUCGACCGAAAGGUCCGCCGAUCUCGUGCGUAGCGAAAAGUCGAAUCGAAUAAAUAAUGGCAGGUCAUAAUUAUCUGAGCGAUCCGAAGAAUCCGUUCUUUUCGUUGGAAGACGACAUAGACGAUGAGACAUUUCUGAAGAGUGCGCCCCCCAGGAAUUUCCCUGCUGGGCAUUAUCAGAAUUUUGACGAUGACAUGACACAGAAACGUCAACAAUUGGUGCAACGUAAGAAAGAAAUAGAGGAACGCACCAUACAAUCUUCGGAAAGAUCCGUCUCGCUUCUGAGAGAUUCUGAACAAAUUGGCGUAGCUACAGCUGAGGAAUUAAUUAGACAAAGAGAACAAUUGCAGAGAACAGAAAAGAGACUAGAUGAUAUUAAUAGCACAUUAAGAUUUAGUCAGAAACAUAUACAGGGCAUAAAGAGUGUCUUUGGUACUAAAAAUUAUCUCAGUGGUAAAUCUCUGGAUGCGCCAAUACCAUCGACAAAAUUAUCAGAGUCUUCCAGUUCUGGAUCCAUAACAUCCCCUGCGCUAUCCAAUACGUUAGAACAAGUACAAAGCAACAUUAGCAAUUCAUAUUCAUCAUCAAAGAUACAAGAAAGUUACAACGACAACAAUCGUGAAGAUAUUAAGCCUGCCAAUGACAGAGUAACCAGAGCUUUAGAGCAAAAUCUAAGUGAGAUGAGCGGAUCAUUGGCGAGAUUGAAACAUCUGGCAAUUGGUUUAUCCGAAGAAAUAGACUCACAAAACGAUCUGAUUGAUAAUAUUACUGAUAAAACUGAAAACGCAGAUAUAAUGUUGCAACAACAAAAUAAAGACAUGUUACAUUUAUUGAAGAAAUAAAUUAGAAGACCGUUAUAUAUCAGAGAUUUCGUUUAUAAAACAAAAUAUUAACUAUACUUUUACAAAGUAUAAACAUAAUACAAUGAAGUGAAUCUUUGAGGCAUUAAUUUAUACUGUCGAAUCUGGGUACUUAUUAUGAAACUGUUUGAAAAGGUUUCCGAUUGAAAUAAUUUUAUUUUUUCCUAGAUAAUAUAAUGUAAGAAAUCUAGAGAAAAAUAAAAUUUUUCUAAUCAGAAAUGUUUCCAAAUAGAUACAUAAUAGCUGCCCUGAGAUGUAUCAAUCAUGUAAUUAUGUUAUGCAACAAGUUUUAUAGAGUUUUUCAUAAAAUAAUUGCGCAAUCUUUAUAAUAUAAUGAUACAGUAAUAGAAUGAGUGUCAAUAUAUCAUCCUAGAGAAAGAAUCCAUUUUGAGAAUGAUUGUCGAUACUAUAAGAAUACAGGCAAUAUCUUUAUACAAUGUACAAAUACAAAUGAUUAUAAUCCUUGAAAAACUUUCAA